UACAAUGUCAAACAGGUCACACGUGACGUCAAGGUCUAAACAAAGAUGAAAGGAGUCAGCUGGAGUUAAACUUUGCCAUGUGAUUUUAGUCCAACUCGGAGUGAUAUUCUUGACAAAAACUUUUGUAAAAGUGAAGACUAUCGUGUCAUGCAAUCACUUGCACUGGGAUGGCGACUGCUGUCCCGUGCGAUUGUCUCCGGAAUUCAUAAUGAGUUUCAACUCAAACCUCGUGCAAAAGUGAAAGGACCUGUGCAAUUUGUGACUGGGUGUUCGGGCUUUUCAAAGUCAGUUUCUAAAACACCUAAUUUUAAAAACUGGUCAUUUGGUGACGACGCAUAUUUCGUAGCUAAAAAUACAAGUUAUGAUGUUAUAGGUGUUGCUGACGGUGUUGGUGGCUGGAGGAAUUAUGGGAUAGAUCCUGCAGCAUUUCCUAGAACAUUAAUGAAUAUAUGUGAACGUGUUGUGGUAGAAGAUCGUCUAAAUUUAAGCUCUCCUGUCAAAGUUAUAGAAGCUAGUUACCAGGAAUUACUUGAACAAAAGACACCAUUAAUUGGUAGUAGUACAGCAUGUAUAGUUGCCUUAAAUCGGGAAGAGAGACGGGUGUAUUCAGCAAACCUAGGCGACAGUGGCUUCCUUAUUAUACGUGAUGGAGAAAUAGUUCAUCGAUCAGAGGAGCAGCAGCAUUAUUUUAAUACUCCAUUCCAGCUGGCUGUAGCCCCUCCCAGUCAACAAGGUCUUGUCUUGAGUGACAGUCCAAGCAUGGCAGACAGUUCAUCAUUCCCUGUAGAAGAAGGGGAUGUAAUCAUGUUGGGAACAGAUGGCUUAUUUGACAAUUUAUCAGAAGAUAUGUUGUUACGGCAUAUUUCACAAUUACAGGACCCUCAACCAGAAAGUGUUCAGCAGACGGCCAGCUGUAUAGCAGAGGAAGCACAUUUAUUGUCAUUUGAUGAAAACUAUCUAUCACCAUUUGCUUUAUCAGCCAUUGACAUGGGAAUAGACUUUAUUGGAGGGAAACCAGACGAUAUCACUGUAGUUAUAGCCAAAAUUACCAGUUUUUCUGACAGUAUAUAAUGCUUGUCUUAGAAGCUGUGUAGAUCUGUCAUCGUCAAGACAAUAUACAACAAUUUCCCAAAGAAUUGGCACAGAAAGAUUUUGUUCUAUGAGCCAUGUAAACUUUCAUCAUCAAGAAAAUAUGCAACAAUUUCCAAGGAACUGUCACAGAAAGGUUUUUUUCAAAGAGCUGUUCCAACUAUUCAUCAUCUGACAAAAUGAUAUUCAACAAUUUCCAAAAGUAUUGGCACAGAAAGAUUUUUUCCCUUCAAGAUAUUUUUUUAGAUGAUAAUAUUUCAAAGUUUUUGCGAUUGAUUGGGUAAUGCCAACGACUGGAAAUUGUAUUAUUAGAACAAUGAUCAUACUCUUUAUAUGUUUUAAUGUCUUGAAAGACCCGAGAGUUUGUUGCAAAUGAACAGUGCCAAUUGAUUCAGAUUGUGAAACAGAUAUUUGUAGUUUUCUGUAAUGUAUAUUGGCAAUCUAAUUGCAUUUGUAAAUGUGUGGAUUGUUGCAUAGUAGAUAGUUGGUAGAGAGUGGGGUGCUAUUACUAUAAAUCAUGUCUUUCAUUUUUCUCGUCUUUAUUAAUAGAAUAUAUAUAUAUAUAUCUUUGUAGAUUGUAGUACCUAUAAUUAUGUCAUAUUUUGUUGCUCUUUUAUUUUGAUUUUUGCUUUAAUUGUUGUAAAUAUUGUACUACCAUAUUUUAUUACAUUUUCUUUUUGUGUACAAAUAUCAAAUACUUGUUCUUUCCUAACUUUACCUUAAAAAGUGUUGUACGGUUAAAUUUAAAGGGAACAGUAUUGUAUCCCUUAUUGAUCCGAUAUUAUUUAGAUGUUUUAGUUUCUUAGUAAAAUCAUAUAUUUCUUUAAGAACUAGGGUAUUUGAACUUUAAAGUUGUUAUUGGAACAGCACUUAGCCCUAAAAGCCAAAACUAGAUUUUCAUAGGGUUACCUCAAAUUUUAUUUGACUAUCAAAGUGUUAAUACUCAGAAAUAAAUUAAUAUUCCAACAAACGAUAUAAAUAAUUGAGGUAGCAUAUGAAUCUAAAAUGCAAUAUGAAAUGCAGUAUGCUGUUCUCAUGAAAAUGAUAUAUACAGUCUCUAGACUGAUUAUUUCUAAUGCUCCAAAAAUUUCUUAUUUGAUGAAAAAAUAUUCAGGGAUAUAAAGAGUUUGCUUUGUACUUAGUUUCAUCAAUUUAUUUUUGUCUUUACAUUUAAAACUCUAUUUUCAUUUGUAACAAAAUAUUUAUCAUGUUUUGAUAGUUUUUGUUAACCCUUUCCUCCAUAGUGACGCAUUUUGACACCACCAACUUUACUCCAUAAUGACACCUUUUGACGCCUGUGUAGUACCUCAGUUGAAAUGCUUUGACUACAAAGUGUCUGGAGUAGGCAUAAUAAAAUUUGUAUCCAAUAUGAAAAAGAACAUCUUAAGAAUAUCCAACUUAAAUUUAUUUGAUUAAAUAUUUGUUUUUCGCAAUGCAUUAAUACUUCAUAGCAUAAUAUCAAAAUUUUAUUGAAAAAUCCUAUGCAAAUCAAGCAUGCAAAAAAAAAUUCAAUGGAGGAAAGGGUUAAAUGAAUACAUUUUUUUUAGACUUUUGAAGAUUAACAGCUUGACAUUUUGUACAGUUGUCUGUUGUUUAAGAUUUUAUGUUGCUGUAGACGUCUUUUGGUUAUUUGUGUCUUUGGGUUGCUGUCCCAUUGACCUUUAACCCUUCUUUCCUUUUAUUUGUAUAAUCAAUCCAGAAUUUUGCUUUAAUUGAUAGAUAGUGAUCUCAGGGAAUUUACAAUUCCAGUUUAUAUCUUGUUUUAAUAUUCAUGUUGUAACCAUAUCUUCACCAGGGUAUAAAAUGUAGUUAACUUAUAACACAGAUUCUGUACCAUUUUUUCGUAGUGUAAUAAAACCUCAAAAUAUUAAAGAAAAAAAAAGAAAAGAAAAAAAAAAAAGAAAAAAAAAAAGUUAAUUAAAAGAAUAUAUGAAAAUAGAAAAAAAAAAAGAGAAAAAAAGUAUAGACUAUUUUUGCAUUUGAUUUUGUGCAUCAAUUCUGAAAUAUUACAUUUCUUCAGGUCACCACUUUAAAAAAAACAUUGAAUACUAAUAAUUUUUGUCUCACAUUCAGAACAAAAAAGAAAAUAAUAUAAAAAUUAAAAAACAAAAUAUGAGAAAAAAUAAUUAAAAAAAAAGUAGAAAAAUUAAUAGACUAUAUCUGCAUUUGAUUUUUGUGCAUCAAUUCUGAUAUACUAUUACAUGUCACAAGUGUUAACUUUAGUUCAACAGUCUAAAACACAAAUUAAUAGUAAUAAUUCUUGGUUCACAUUCAGAGUAGUAGUUAACCAAAUUAUUUAUAACAGUUAUUUUUUUUGCACAUAUAAAUAUGUUUUUGAAACCUUCUCAUGGUUAACCUUAAAGUUUUAGCUAUAAUUAAAAUGAAGAAAUAGUUUUAGAUAGAAGGUUCAAGUUUGUCACCUUUUAUGAAAAGUAAUAAACUUGUAUUCAUUGAUUAAAAUAAAAACAGUUCACAUAAAUGUACUAUUAUCCAAAGGAGAAAAAAAAAAUUAUGUUAUAUUGUGUACUCUUUGUUUAUCAUUCAUGUAUUUUUUUUACAGUGUAUAAAAUUUAGAAUCUUCGGGUAUAGAUUGUUUUCAUGUGUGUGUUUUAUUUAAUUCUGCAUGUCAAAUUCCAUUCUUGAAUAUAUUAAAAUCCAUUUCAUAAUGAACUUAUAUUGUAAAUAUCAUUAAGUAGCUGUACAUAUUUCAGUUUAGAAAAUUUGAGAAAGUUUAUUUUUUCUUAGAAGAGUGGCAUAGAAAUUAAUUAGUUUGCAAAUUUUGUAUUGAUUAUUGCACAUUUUGUAAAUAUAGAUAAUAUAUUAUAAAUAUUACAAAUUAACUAACAAUGUAUGAAUUGUUGUGUUGGUAUUUUUUUUUUCAUAUGUUAAUUUAUUUUAAUUUUCUUCUAGACUAUGUUUUUUUAUUUCAAAUGUGAUAUUUCUGUAAAGGGUGGACACAUUUUUUUGGGAAUGCAUGUAAUUAAGGUAGCUGGUAUAUAAAAAUAGUGAUCUCACAGGUUUUUAUUACUUUUUUGCAUGGAACUAAAUCAUGUAGAUCUGUAUUUAAAUUUUAAGACUUUAAGGAAGGGUCUGAUUUUUUUUUUUUUUUAAGUCUACCACUAGAAAAGUUUUGUCGAAAAUGAAUUUGUAUUGUAAGUAGGAUACUCUGUGUGUGUUGGCCUGUGUUUUUUUUUAAUAUUGUGUGAAAUUUUGUGUAUUAAGAAAGUGUGUGCCAUUAUCCCAAGUGUUUGUGUAAAUGUUUGUAGUCAAUGAUUAUAAGUAUACAACAGACUUCUGAAAACAAGUGUGUUUUUUUCUCAAUUAGGUUGUAAAGUUUCUCUAUGUCUUUAAAAGUAAGAUACAAAUUUUAUAUCAAAUUGCAUGUUAUUGUUUACUUUUCAGUUAAGUUUUAUAUAAAGGCUUUUCCAUUAAAUUGUAUUUGGGAGGGUAGGAAGGGACUUUCAAAAUAUACCUGAAACCAAGAACAAUUUUGCUUAAAGGUAAUGGAAGCGAACUGAAGAAGACCCUGGACCCACAUUCAAUAAUUAAUCUUCUUUUCCUACCCACCCAUAUAUUUUUUAAUGGAAUAGCCCUAAGACAACAUUCCUUAAUAUCAUGAUCAGCAGCUGUAGCCUUGUUAAAAUUUGUAACCUUUAAUUGAAAAAAAAAACAGAAAUUUAUAUUAUAAGUUUCAAAAGACAAAAACUCUUUCCUGGAAUAAAGCUUGGUUAAAAUCUGUUGAUGUUAAUAUCAUUUAGUUUAUUUUUAAUGUAGAUCUUAACAAGUUAUUUAGAAGCAUUUCAUUUGAAUUCAUCCUGUAUAAAAUUCCAUUACAAAUUCACUAACCUGCAUAUUAGUAUCAAUUUAACUUCUAAUCAUCUAACAUUUAAUAUAUUAGGUUACUCAUUACUGGUUUAAUUAAAGUACAUUUUUUUCUCUACAUGAUGUCAAUUGACUCUAUUUUCUGUCUCAAAUAUAUAUAUGUGUAUUUAAUACUUUGUAAAUAUAUAAAAUCUGUUUUAUAGUUUGAUCUUUUCUGUAUAUUAAUAUUAGAAAAAAAAAAUAACAACAUCAGUGUAGUUAAAUUCAGUUUUAUGGUUUAAUGACCUAAAACAUUAAAUUGUUAUUGUUUAUUUUUAAUAAAUUUUAGAUACAGUUAAAAAAAUCAGUUUUUACAAUGCUUGAAUGUAAACACAAGCAGUAUACUAAUGUAUUUUCUAAAAUUUGAUAUUUUAAUCUUUCAUUCUGAAUUUAGGGAACAUUUCAAGAUGUUAUUUGUGAAUAUCAGUAGCAGACAACCUUAAGAUUUUUUAAAUUUGGCAUUUUAUGAAUCAUUGUAUUUAAAUAAUGUAUCAAAACAUCCUACUUUGAUCAAAUGUUAGAUAUAUGGUUCAUGUGAAAGCAAAUAGUUAGAAUAACAUCAGUAUUUUUUAAAGUGAGUUGAUAUUAAUUAUAUUGUUUAUACAAUUUUAUAACAGCUAGUUUAAGUGUGUAUGAAUUGUAAACAAAAUAUCUCCUAGAUACAUCAAUAUUUUCCCAAAAUAUUUUUUAAAAAAUCACUGUAAAAUUUAUCCCCACAUGCAUGAUUUAAAAACACUUCUGACAGGCAGAUUUUUAGUUAAAAGUUCAUUCAUAAAAAUAAUAAGAAAGAAAUGGGCAUUAUAUUUUGACAGAUUUUGAUUUAUAUGGUAUCAUUAAAAAUUUCACUUUACAGGACAAUUUCAGUCCUCAGAAAAUAUAAUGAGUGCUUGAAAUUAACAUUAGUUUUCUAAAAUACCUUGUAUGUAAAAAAAACUAUUCUAUUGGAAGGAUUCUGAAAUAUCUAGAACACAACAGCAGCUAGAGGUAAACUAUGAUUUCAAAAUCAUCAAAUAAUUACAUAUAUAUGUAUAUUAUCUGGGAAGUAUAUUGUCAAGGUGGUACCUAACACUACAGGGAGAUAACUCUGUAAAAGCAGCUAGACGUUUCAAUUAUGUUGUGUUGUUAAGGGUGUGUUAAGCUUCUCAAUGAUCAAAAUAAGUGUUUGUCAAACUGCUACAUAACCAGUGAAAUUUUUCUGAUAAAACAGUUGGUUCAAAUUUUUUGAAAUUUUUAUAUUUUUGUCAAAGGGUCAAAGUAAAUACUUUGUCAAAAUUUUAUGAAAAUUAAACGAGAUAAAUUAAUUUUUGUUAAAGUGUUGGGUUCCACCUUAAGGUAACAUGUUCACAUUAUGUAUGAAGUAUACAGUAUUAUGCAAUGUUUAAUCAGUGUAUGUAAACAGAACGAGAAGGAUGAAAUAUGUGAAGUAGGUGAAAGAUCUCUUGGUUAUUCUUAUAAAUACCAUAUUUUAGUUAUAUAUAAUUAAAGAUAUUGUUGUGCCAUGUUUUUUUAAGAAUACUGCAAUCAUGUAGAAUAAGUCUUCUAAAUUAUAUUAAGAAAUUAUAAAAAGUUACUGAAAACUGAAAGUUACUGUUUGACAAUAGCCUUCUCACAAUGUUGAGGGUAAUUGGAUACAAAAUAUUGAACAUUUGUUUGAUGAAAAAAUAAAGUAUGUGCGUUGUGAAAAGAUAAAAACAUAAUUUAUUUUUGCAUAGGCCAUUACUAUUUUAUGAAUAAAUUAGUAUCAAUUGGUUAAAGAGUGAAAUUUUUGACACAGCAGGUAUCUAUAAAUAAAACUUCAUUCAAAUUUAGAUCUAUUUUUAGAAAAUUUAGAUUUUACAUCACAUUACCAUUACAUCGUCAAGAUUAACUCCAGUUUAGUCCACUGUUACUUGUUUUUAUGGUUUAUAUGAAUAAGGUAAAAUAAAUCCUUUUAUGAUGUUUUUUUUUAAUUCAAAAUUAAAAUUUAUCAUGUUAAGAGCUCCUGUUUGAAAGUUACAGGAGAUUGAUUGGACAACAGGUUAACCAAACUGACGUUCAUCAAGGUUGGCAUUUAUAUAGAUAAUUUUAAAGUUAUUUAAGAUAUUUAUCUGACUAAGGUGUUUUUUUCAUUAUGAAAGGUGGAUCAAGAUAAUAGAACAUGUCACAUGUUCUGUAACAUGUAACUUAUAAAUGAAGGUUUCUAGUUAAAUUGUUAUUGUUACACCAAUAUUGUAAAAAAUAGACAUGGAUUGUUGAAAAGUAAAUAAAAAGUAUAAAUAAU